UCCCACAGGGAGACGAUACUUAAAGGUACAUCAAGUCUCCGUGGAGAACCUUCCAGACGUCAAGGGCUAUGCAACUGCCGAUCUCUUCGCCAAGCACCCUACUAAAGAACUAUGGAAAAUUGUAGGAAGGGCAGACGAUGUCCUCAUCCUUGCCUCGGGAGAGAAAACCGUUCCGGCGCCGAUGGAGAAUAUAAUAGCUUCCAAUCCUUUCGUCGCAGGCACCGCUAUGUUUGGCCGCGAACGUAAUCAAGUUGGAAUCAUAGUGGAGCCAAAGAAGGGCUGCGAGGUUGAUAUUAACGAUCUCAAGCAAGUCGCAGAAUUUAGAAACAAGAUAUGGCCCGAAGUUGAAGAGGCUAACAGAACCGCUCCAGCUUUUAGUCGCAUUUUCAAAGAAAUGAUAUUGGUAGCUCACUCUGAUAAACCCAUGCUUCGUACGGGAAAAGGCACUGUUAUGAAGAAAGCGACUGUUAAAGCCUAUGAAGAGGACAUCAAUAAUUUAUAUGAUACUGUAGAAGAAAGCACGAGAGCUGGCAAUGACGUGCCUUUGCCAAAGUCCUGGACGGAGGAGGAAUUGCAGGGAUGGCUUAUGGCCCAUGCCGCUAUUGUGAACGCAGACAGAGAAGUAGACCCAGAGGCUGAUUUCUUCGAGCAAGGGUUUGACAGUUUAACUGCGACCUUCUUGAAGAAUCGCAUCAUCGGCUCUCUCAAAUCGUCUCCGGACCUCGAUAUCCGGGCAGCGGCAGGGAGAGUUAAUCAGAACAUCGUCUUCAACAGUCCCUCCAUCAAGCUGCUAUCGAAGAGUCUCGCCAAUUUGAUUGCCAACCGCGAGACGAAUGGACAAAAUGGUAGCCUUAGUGAUGAGGAAGAGAUUGAAAAUAUGAUAGCAAAGUAUUCUGGAGGACUGCCAGAGGCGUCUACUCCCGUCGAACAUAUUGCAAAUGGGCAUAGCGGUCACGUUGUCUUGCUCACCGGAUCUACAGGCGGGCUGGGCUCUUAUCUUCUCGCAUCACUACUAGAACAUGAAGCAGUCAGACAUGUAAUCGCCUUCAACAGACCAUCCAAGGGGCGCGUAACGAUAGAGGAGAGACAGAAGAGCGCAUUUGAAGAUAGAGGAUUAGAUAUCUCACUCCUACAACUACCGAAGCUUCAGUAUCUCGAAGGGGAUGCUGCGCAAGAGAGAUUGAGUUUGGAUGAGGUUUCAUACAACGAGCUUCAAACGUCGACUACGAUUAUCAUCCACAAUGCAUGGCGUCUUGACUUCAAUCUAUCGCUCUCUUCAUUCGAGCCAAACAUCAAGGGAACAAAGAAUCUCAUAGACCUCGCACUCUCGUCGCCACAUGCGUCCCAAGUACGGUUCCUCUUCACAUCGUCAAUAUCAUCUGCACAGGGGUGGGACCAAAGUAAGGGACCCUUCCCGGAAGAGGUGCAAUUCAACCCGAGUGUUGCCUCUCAUGGGUCGGGUUACGGUACGAGUAAAUAUGUUUGCGAGCGGUUAUUGGAGAAAAGUGGCUUGCAAGCGUCAUCUUUCAGGAUAGGACAAGUCUCAGGGGGGUCUCCCAGAGGAGCCUGGAGUAUUACCGAUUGGGUACCAAUCAUCGUGAAGUCCAGUCUAGGGAUAGGCGCUCUGCCAAUCGCGAAGGGGGUAGUAGCUUGGUUACCGCCCCACGCGGUAUCCGACGCCAUCAUUGACGUAGCUUUCUCGAAAGCGAAACCCCAGAUUGCUCUCAAUCUUGUGCAUCCUCGCCCAGUUGAAUGGGCGUCACUUAUGAAGCCUGUAGGAGAAGCCCUAGUCAGAAAAAACUUGAUCACCGCACCAUUACCGCUUGUUCCAUUUUACGAAUGGUUUGCCAAAGUUGAAGAAAUAGCCGCAAAGGCAAGUGGAGAGGAGCUAAAGACCAUUCCUGCGGUCAAGUUACUCGAAUUUAUGCGCUCACUGGCCUCAGCAGAUAAGUCCAUUCGGGAGCUGGGAAGCGAGGACGCCGAAGCUGCAGGUUUCACUAAAUUUUCUACUACAAAAGCACAGCAAGUCAGACUCGUUGCUGCUGAUGCAGAACUGUGGGUCGAUUACUGGGAAGCUGUUGGUAUGUUUGCGUAAGAGAUAUAUAAGAAGAAUGAGAGACACGAUCUAGAAUAGCUUACAUUUCGUAUAUAACCCCUUCGUUCCCACUUGUAUCGCGAAAAUAGCGCUGAAUCAAGUGGUAGGCAUAAGGCGGAAAUAAGUAGUGCCACGAGUCACGAAUCAAUGUCCGUACCAAUGCAAAGUCGUGUGCCAUUGAAUGAUAGAAUGAUUAUACG